GGAAGCUGUCAGCCCAUACGCAUCAUAAACAAUAUUGGGCGCGUGGAAAGCAGCGUCGCGUAGCUCCCCCUAAAAAAAUUAGAACAUCCUACGCAUUCCCAGAAAAAAAGCGACCAACCAGCACCAUAACCAAGAGACUGCGAGUCCCCCGACCGAACCAUGUCCGGAAUAGCAGCAUCGCGACUCGGCGAGGAGCGCAAAGCUUGGCGCAAGGAUCACCCGUACGGCUUCGUCGCACGUCCGGUGAAGAACACGGACGGAUCGCUGAAUUUGAUGACCUGGGAGUGUGCCAUACCCGGCAAGAAGGGCACCGCCUGGGAGGGUGGACUGUACCGGCUGAAGAUGAUAUUCAAGGACGACUAUCCGACGAGCCCGCCGAAGUGUAAGUUCGAGCCGCCGCUGUUCCACCCGAACGUGUACCCCUCCGGGACGGUGUGUCUGUCGCUGCUGGACGAGGAGAAGGACUGGCGCCCGGCCAUCACCAUCAAACAGAUCCUGCUCGGCAUACAGGAUCUGCUGAACGAACCGAACAUCAAGGAUCCGGCCCAGGCGGAAGCGUACACCAUCUACUGCCAGAAUCGGCUGGAGUACGAGAAGCGCGUGCGUGCACAGGCCAGAGCAAUGUCGUCGGCCGACUAAGCGGCGGUCCCCGCGGUUACGCGGAUCUAAUGGAAAUAAAUUUAUUUAACCCCACUACAA